CAUAUUACAGCUGUUUCGAAGCUAUUUGGACACAUCGUCAUUCCUAUAUAAAAUUUGUUAAUAUUGCCAUAAAUUAGUUAAAUGGUGAUCGAAUAUGACAGCGACAUUGCGUUAUCGUGGUGAUAAAAACAAUCUUAUUGAGUUGGCAAAAAAUUUGGAUGCUUUUAAGAAAGUGCCGGAAAAAUAUACAGAAACAACAGAAAUAGGGGGUACAUUAUCUUUAUUAAGUCGUUUGCUCAUUAUUUACCUCAUUUAUAAGGAGGUAUGCUAUUACAAAGAAGCUGAUCUCAUUUAUCAAUUUGAACCUGACAUCGACAUGGAUGAUAAAGUACAAAUGCAUGUCGAUAUCACCGUGGCCAUGCCAUGCUCCUCCCUUUCUGGCGUUGACCUAAUGGAUGAGACACAACAGGACGUAUUCGCGUAUGGUACAUUGCAACGAGAAGGCACUUGGUGGGUUUUACCUGAAGAGGAACGCCUUCAAUUCGAACGCAUGCAGCAUAUGAAUACGUUUUUGAGAGAAGAAUAUCACUCUGUUGCGGAUAUUCUAUUUAAAGAUAUUAUUAAAAAUAAUGAAGUGAAUUUGAAACCAAUAGGAGACUUGAAAAAACUUCCGGAGGAGCAAUAUGAUGCAUGUCGUUUACAUGGAACAUUGGGUAUUAAUAAGGUCGCUGGAGUUCUGCACUUGGUUGGUGGUGCGCAGCCAUUUGUUGGGCUCUUCGGCGAUCACUGGACAAUCGAUUUUCGACGUACGCCAGCUAAUUUCACGCAUCGCAUCAAUCGCUUAAGUUUUGGACAAUAUUCACGACGCAUCGUACAACCGCUUGAAGGCGACGAAACGCUAGUAGCCGAUGAAGAAACAACGGUACAAUAUUUUUUGAAAAUUGUACCCACCGAAAUACACAAUACCUUCACGACGAUCAAUACGUAUCAAUAUUCAGUGAGCGAGAAUGUCCGUCAAUUGGACUCAACUAAAAAUUCGUACGGCUCCCCUGGCAUCUAUUUUAAAUACGAUUGGUCGGCGUUAAAGAUCAUUGUGCGCACUGAUCGUGAUAAUCUCGUGCAAUUCAUAAUACGACUAUGUUCAAUCAUUGCGGGCAUCAUCGUUAUCUCAGGCAUUUUAAAUACCAUAUUGGUGUCUAUGCAGCGCCUUACCAUCAACAUAAUUGCGCCUCAAGUUCUACAACAAACACUAAAUCAACACCACGACAGUGCUAGCCGCGAGGGUGGCGCACAUGUCCCUGUUGGAGCUGGUGCUGUGAACGUGAAUCUCGCCAGCGCCAGUUCCGCGACUAAAGUACUGUCGAAUAAUCUCAUAAAUACGGCGAAUAUCAUGUCUGACAGCAUUAGCUUGCUGAAUGCCACAACUACAACAACCACCAUUCCAACGAUUGUGCCAAUAGCCGUUGAUGAGGAGCCACCAUCAAAGUAACCGCUUCACAUGCACUUAUCGUAGAGGAUUUUUUACACCGCGUUCGAGGUAAAAGCCUCACUAAUUUCACAAAUAAUUUUUAUGCAAAGAUUGUAUAUGUUCUAUAGUUAUGUACGCGUAUAUACAUAUGUACAUAUAUUUGUAUGUAUAAUUAAUCAUUUUUCAUAUGUUCUUUGUAAGAAUAAGAUACUAUUUUUAUUUGGCAUUCCAAUGUGGCUCACAGCUAAUAAAUAUCAAAUUUUAAACAAA